AACGGCUUUGAGUCUAUGGAAUGAUUCCAUGGUCUGCGGGCUUUAACUUAUGCCAUAUCACAAGGAGAGAAUACCGGUUCGCUAGUGUAAACACGCUAUUUGGAGCAUAAUUUUGAAGUAGUUGACUAGUUUAGUUACACCCUUUUAACAACGCGACUCUCUUGUGUAUAAAGCCUGACUUUUGUUGCCAGGUCUGGUUAGCACAACAAGCACUUCUUCAAGGUUACUUUUCGAUAAUGCAGGUGCAGAAAGUCGUUCUCAACUCACGACCAGGUAAAAACGGGACGCCAAUUCCUGAAAAUUUCCGUGCGGAGGAGACGAUUUUAGCACCUGACCUGGAGGAUGGGGAGGUGCUAGUUCGGACGCUUUACCUCUCAGUUGACCCUUACAUGCGAUGCAGAAUGAAUGAAGCCACAGAUUCUGAUUACUUGACUCCAUGGCAGCUGGAUGUGUGUGUGGAUGGUGGAGGUGUCGGUGUGGUCGAGCCCAGCCGCUGCAGCACUUGCACUGAGGGCGAUGUGGUCACCUCAGUCACCUGGCCUUGGCAGACCCAUACUAUUAUGAAAGGAAGUGGCUUACAAAAGGUUGAUCCACAGUUGGCUGAUGGGCAUUUGUCCUACUUUUUGGGUGCAAUUGGCUUAACAGGCCUUACUGCUCUGCUGGGUAUAAGGGAGAAAGGUCAUGUGAUCAAAGGGGCCAAUCAGACCAUGGUGGUGAGUGCUGCAGCUGGGGCCUGUGGCUCCAUAGCUGGACAGAUUGGCAAGCUAGAUGGUUGUGUGAAGGUUGUUGGGAUCUGUGGUUCUGAAGAGAAGUGCAGAGUUGUAGUGGAAGAUCUGGGCUUCUCUGCUGCAAUCAACUAUCGCACAGAGGAUGUCCCGAAAAGGCUCAAGGAGUGUUGCCCUGAUGGAAUAGAUGUUUACUUUGAUAACGUUGGUGGUGCCAUCAGUGAUGCCGUAAUAGCACAGAUGAACAAUGGCAGCCACGUGAUUCUGUGUGGGCAGAUCUCUCAGUACAACAAGGAUGUGCCAUAUCCUCCACCUUUAAGCAAGGAAAUACAAGAAGCCAUACAAAGAAAGAACAUCACCCGAGAGAGAUUUAUAGUGCUUAAUUACAUGAGCAAAGCAGAUGCUGCCCUCUGUGAGCUCAGCCACUAUGUUAAAUCAGGCCAAAUCAAGGUGCUGGAAACUGUGGUGAAUGGAAUAGAAAAUAUGGGAGAUGCAUUUUGUUCUAUGAUGAAAGGGGGAAACACUGGCAAGCAAAUCAUAAAGAUAUCAGAGUGUAGAAAAUCACCAUAGUAUCCGGUAGACACUGCUCUCACCAGACGCCGUGGGAAAUUAACCUACAGAUGCUUCUGCCAGUAACUUAAUGAACUCUCUUAAGAUAUUGCAAUACAACUGGAUCCGCAAUAGAAAAAAUUACAACUUGGGGGUUCAGUGUCUAUAACCAUCGGGGGCAACUUGGGGGUUCAGUGUCUUGCCCAAGGACACUUCCAACAUGUGGACUGCAGACACUGAGAUAAAUCUUUUAACACUUCAUCUUAGCUAACAUACUUUUAAUUUGAUAGUCAUAAUUUUUAAAUCACUGAUAUUUUUAACUGUCAGUUAUGGGGCUCCAUAUUCUUGUUCACAUUAUUUAGAAAUGACAUGAAGUCAAACACAAAAUACUGUAUGAUUUAUUGUAAUGAACAUUUUUAUUUCACAGCACUAUAAACCAUUAAUAAAAUAAAAUGGUGAUUGGCUCUGAGAUUAGCUGUCACAAGAAAAAUAUGUGGCAGGUUUCUCCUCAUUUAUCUAUUUUAGUGAACAUAGGCAAGGAUGCAGAUGUGGACACCAGUGCAGUGUGGAGUCUAUGUCUGGCUUUUUUGUGUGAAGUCAAAUCAGUGUACAGUACAGACGAAUCACAGACAGAUUUAUAGUUAACCAUAAUCAGCAGCAUCAGUGUCAGUAAACCAUCUAACUGGUCUCAAAGAAAAAAAAGCAUCCCUGGCAUAAUUUGUUGGUGGCACAGCCUAUCGUUAUGCUCCAAAACCAUCCAAUACUGCCUCCUGGUGGACAAACUACAUAGCUUGUGGGAGGCACUGAACUUCACUAGAGAGGAACUCUCCAAAAAUAAGUCCACAAAUUCUAAACAUCAGUCUUUAUGCUGGAAUUAUACACUUGGUAGUGCUCCUGUAUAAAUGAAAAAGACUUGUCUAUGCAGAGAGAAAAAUAAGUUAGUAAAGCCAACACUGGGUAUAGUUUGAAGAGAAUACCAGAAAGAGAAACCAAAAGAUAAAUAUGAGGCUCUUACUCUGUACUUCUAUUAAAAGACCUGAUACAUCUGGUCUUCAUCCUAUUUACAUGCUUUCUUAGUUUAGUUUGUUCUUGUGGAAUCCAGGCACCUGCUACAACUGACUAGAUAGGACUGAAUUAGAGUGCUAAAGAUGUAGUUGACUGCUCUCACACCAGUACAGAAAAGGAAUGAACAUUGUGAACAAAGCCAGGGAGUGCUCUAAUAUCUUUCUUACUGCACUCACCCUGAGGCACAUGAAAAAUCACAAAUUCCAGGGUGAUUAUAACAUGAGGGAAAAAUCAAAAAUGACACAAUACAAUCAGAAUAAAUAAAUAAAAACAGCAUAGUACUGAUUCAUCUUAUCUCACCACAUCUAUAAGACAUUCAUUUUGUUUUUAGCCACCAUACUUCUGCAUUGUUUAACUUGGUUUUUAGUUCACUGAGCUACUAUGGAUUAUAAAAACAUUGUCCUGAAAUACUACUGGGACCAGCCUAUUGUUCAAGUGCUCACAUUCCUGAGAAACAAACAGCUUCUUUCUGUCGUCACGUCUGAAGGAGCGUGAAGUUUCAGGCCGGCCUCUCUCUGUAUCUGUGAAAACCGCUGAAGUAUUUGAUAUGAAUAUCGAGAUGGUUUUAGUGGUAGUUUGUGUAAUGUAAAUAUUGAUUUAAAAACACAUUCAAUCAUUAACUACAUGUACACAGAUCAACUUCAGUACUUGUUUGAUUUGUCAUUUCCGUCCUUGGAUUUCCUGUAAUUAUGAUCGUCUCUGCAUCAUUGUCACCAAAGUCACUACAACCAGCACGCCCUGCGAGCUAUGGGAAGUUAGGAAAGGUUACAGUGUGCAAAAUGACACUUUGAUAUCCACAAUUUGUGUGUAAGAAGGUAAACAGGAGAAUCCGUUUGGCACCUUUAGCCUUCAUUAGUGAAUCACAAUGGUUUUUAGAGGAAAGAAUAAAACUGUUCCUCCAGGAUUUUGCAGGGGCUUUUUGAGACUGUUGCAGCCCAAAACACCCUAUUGUUUGCAUUUUUUUUUGUUGGUAUAAUUAAUUAAAAAUAGAGUUAUGGAAACCUCGCUGCUGUGAAUGUCUUAAGUAAAUUAUUUUCAAAUAGCCAUUCUCUCUCCUCUGCCUCAUGCAGUGAUGUCUCUCACAUACACAUGCUCCCUACAGGUGUGUUAUGUGAUAGAGAAUUGUCAAUCCAUGACUUCUUUUGUUUUCCACCCCAACUUUGCACACGGUACAAAACAGUUAACCCCCACCCCAACACACAGACGCUCUCAUGCAGAACAUCAGCUAACUGCCUUGCUCAUUCUUCAUUUUUAAUAUUGUGAUAAAUAUCGUAUUGUCAACUUUUUACCGUGGCAAUAUUGUACCAUGAUGUUUUGGUAUCGUUACAUCCCUAGUAAUAAUCGUUGGAAAACAUGAGACAUAUGGCUCAAAGUUUUAAACAGGAGAUUGCUGCUGUGAUUGCUGAGACUCGCAGGAAACUACGAUGAUUGGUCAAAUCUAUGCAAAAGUUGCAGUGAUUGGACAAAAUUGCAUGGUCACACUGAACUCACAGGGAAUAGUUAAACUUGCAUUAAAUGUUGCAAUUCCAACUUUGCAAAAUCCUGGAGGGACUGAUGAAUGGUGAAAUCUUUCUUAUUCAUCCUUUGGCAGUGGUGAAGUGGCAUUUGGCCAAAGCAACACUUUCAAAAAAUGCUAAAGCUCAAGUAAAUGAGUCAGCUUACACCACAAGAGAUUACAGCUCGUAUAUGGUAUACUGUCAACUGCAGAAUACAUUGGACUAGUCCUCACAUAGCUCAAAUAGGCUAUUUAACCCAUAAGGUAUCAAAGAUGUUUAGCUUUUUUUUUUCUUUUUUUCCUCACUAUACAUAUUGCUAUGAAUAUGGCAAGAAAUGUGCUCACCUGUG